UUUAAAAUAAUUUUUGGAAUGAAACAAAAUAAUUCUUUUUAUUUUUUAUUUCCUUUAUUUUUGGUAUUGUUUAUAUUUUCUUUAGUUAAUUCUAAAUCUGAUGAAAAGAAUUCAAAGAAAAACGAGAAAAAAGAAGGAAAGUCAAAUGUACAAUUUGAAGGUCAAAAUUUGCAAUGGAAGGACGAUGAUGGUCUUGAAAUAAAAAUAAUUAGGCCAAUUUCCAAAGAAAAAUGUACAAUUAAAAGUGAACCGGGAGAUAUUUUAGAACAAUAUUAUAAAUUAUCCGAUGCUAAUGGAAAAGAAAUUGGAUCAAACUUCAAUAUGAAACCAUAUACAUUUACUCUUGGAAAAGGACAAGUAAUUGCUGGAAUGGAUAGAGCAAUGACUGGAAUGUGUAUUGGAGAGAAAAGAAAAGUUACAAUUCCUGGAAAAUUGGGAUUUGGAAAUGAAGGGAGGGCUAGGGAUGGAAUAACUAAAGAUCAAGUACUUCAUUAUGUAGUACAGUUAAAAAAUUUAUUCCGACCAAUUCCUGGUCCAAAAUGGCGUGAAGAAGAUGGAUUGGAUAUUGAGGUAACACACAAAAUUGAUGAGUCAAAAUGUCGUCGUUCUGCUAAUGGAGAUACAAUUCACCAACAUUAUACUCUUCAUUUGGCAGAUGGGACAUUUAUAGAUUCUUCACAUACACGAGGAGAACCUUUUAUAUUUAAACUUGGUAAAGGUGAGGUUAUUGCUGGAAUGGAUAGAGCAAUGACUGGAAUGUGUGAAGGAGAACGUAGAAAAGUUAUUAUACCUUCAAAAUUAGGUUAUGGAACUAAAGGCCGCGAUCAAAUUCCCGGAGGAGCUGAACUUCAUUUUGAUAUAGAAUUAGCUAAAUUAUUUAAAAAAGCAGCAAGUGAUGAGCUUUGA